AUGGCGCGUCCCAGAGCCUUCCGCGCCCCCACCACAGCCAGUAUUCCAAGCAAUCUCCGCAUCCCCUCAACCACCCAAUCGCUCGUCAAAUCGUUGGCGAAGCUCUCGCGCCAAUCGCUGUUAGACCUCGUAUUCGAAUGGCUGGAGGAUCGCAAUGUGCAGUCGUUCCGACCAUACUUAGAACAAGAUGAGGCCGAAGCCAUGGACGAGGACGAGCUCAAACCGUACCCCGCCGAACCCACCAUCGACGACGUGCGCAACGCCUACCAAGAACUACAAGUCAGGAAAGGCGGGAAGCGCGAAGUCAUCGAUCGCAUCCUAGAGGGAGACUGGCGACAUGGCAUCACCCUGCGCCAGCUGGCGAUGGUCGACCUGCGCUACAUGGAUGACCACCCCUCCAGCCUCCGCUGGACCGCCCUAGAGCUCGCCCGCAUCGACGCGACAGUCCGCGGCGACUCGUCCUCCUCCCUGCCCGACGUCUCCGCGUGCAUCCCGCGCAUCCACGCCUCCACCUUCCUGCACAAUCUCCAGCAGCAGGUCGCCCCGCUCGUCAAAGCCCAUUUCUAUCUCGCCCGCUCGCGCUCCCUCCCCCUCACCUUCCUCCGCAUCUUCACCUCCAACUCGCCAUACCAGAACCCGCGUCAACCACCGGAGUCGCUGACGGAUUCAUCCCGUGUGAUCUACGUCGCCUUCCCGGACAGCUGCCCGUUCAUCUACACCUCCAUCGCGUCGUCUCCGGCGGGGCCAAGAUCCACCAAUGCGCCCACCGCUCAGGCCGUCCCGACCGACUCCCGAACCCUCCAGCGGAUCGUGCGCGAUGCCGUCCCCAAAGCCCUGUCGCUUCCACAACAGAGAUACACCCUGAAAGCGACCUCUCUAACAGCCAAGAACCUCGAAGCCCUCCUGAAACUCCGAGGUCCAGGCCGAUCCAACCAGUCAAACGGCACGUUCAGCAUCUUCGCCGACGCAGUCGUCGAAGGAAGCCCGCUCGACCCCCGCCCAUCAAACACAGUAACUCCCGAAGAGCACAUGCACCAGACAUCAUCGUCAUUAUCAUCAUCAGACCCCGAGAAAGAGAACCGAGCCCGCGACGAGCAAGACGAAUCUACCUCCACACAACCAACAAAGAAGCAACGACGACAACGCUCCGGCCUAGACGCGCCUAUCCCCAAGAAGCGCAAAACCGCCAUCAACACUCGCUUCGGCACCUCGGGCUCGCUGUCCACCGCGCCCUUGGACCGUCUCGACGUUCGAUUGCUCGAUCCGCCCAAGGAAGACGACAAUGACACCGCCGACGACGCAGACCUCGCUAAUCCCGCUGUCUCGCUCACAUUCUCGGGAUCAGACGUUAUCAGCGGCAUCAGGAAACUGGCCGAGUUGGGUAUCGUUGAUCCUGAGCGCAUGCCUUCGUGGAUGACUGGUGAGGAGGCUGUUAGUGUGGCUGUUAUUCGGGGCGGUAGUCGCGUGCUCAAAGAUGGAUGAUAGGAUGCGAGGUUGUCGAUAUCAUUAUACCUUAUACACCCGUUCUUCAGGCCAUGCGCACACAUAUAUAUGCCGCCACCAGACCUUCCUCUACAGAGGGCGAGAGAGAAUACCAAGACCAGGCCUGACUGGUAUCUUCUGUUAGGCCGGCUCCUUCGGGCAUUUGCAUUUACGCCCCGACAGGAUUUCCAAGGCUUUGGUGGAUGGAUCGUGAAUUCGGAUCCGCUAGCACUGUCGUCACCUUAUCUAUCCAUUUUACGAAGGAAAUCAUUAUAUAAUAUACCUUAUAUACCUUUGGUUGAGGAUGGAGUGACGAGACUACCACUACCGGGUCUGAUCUGGCUCGCCAGGGGAGACAGCGGCUUGGGGCUGCUGGUCUUGUGGACCAUAUCGUUUUAUGGAUGAAUUUAUCGAUAAAACAUAAUAAAUUGUCUUCUACUUUGUUUUGAUAUUACGUUCUACUGUAGUGGCGUGGUGUUUUCGUGU